AGUGAGCUUCUUGGAAGGCCACACCCCUACAAUUACAUCAUCAUCAAACAAAACUAUUAGAUCAACAUAAUGACUAAUAACAGAAACAACAACAUGAUCCAAUACAACAUUAGACCAACCUUAAAAAAGCAAUAACAAGAAAGAAAAAAGUAACAUCAAUAACAAUGUUAUUAUCAAGGAGACGAUAAUAAAAAACCGCGGAAAAUCCCAGUGACGUCACUGAAAACCCCCGAUUUGAGGCGUUUCCUGCCUAAUGUGUUUCCGGAUUUUUUGACCGCUUAUAUUAUGAGUGAGUUGAGCACUGUGACGUAAUGGACAAUGAUAAACAUUAAACAUGUUUAAGGUCCCCGUGGAUACUGUCUUAACCUGAACUACCGCGGUUCGUGCACACGCCCUCUCAGGCGCGGCCGCGCGCGCCCCCUUCGGUUUCGUUUCUGUCCCCGUGUUGUGUCUGCUCAGCUCUAAACACGGCCGCGCGCGCUCAAACUUUGGACCCCCGCGACUUUUCCGGAAGUAGCGCGAAGGAGGGCUGAGGUGAUGAAGACCCCCCGCUAAAGAAGAACCAGUAUGUUAAAGGCCUCACGCCGGUUUGAUCAGUCGGGAUGAACAGUGAAGGACACAGAGGUGGAGGGAGCGGCGCCGACGUGGAGGAUGAGUUUGCUUGUGCCGGGAUGCUGCGCGGGUCCCUGACCUCGCUGCACGGGACCGUGGAGCGGAUCUUCAGGGUGACCUUCAGCAUCGGCGUGGACGGGCCGCCUCACGGCAGCAGCGGGCAGAUAUGGCUGAAGCUGCGGGGGCCGAGCGCCAGCGUGGAAGCUGCCAAACUGUUUGUGAAGGGGCUGGUGAACCAGGAGGAGCAGAAGGAGGUGUCGUACCCGGAGGUCCUUCACUGCAUUUUCUGUGGAGCCAAAGGGCUGUUCAUGGACAGCCUGAUCAGAAAUACCUCUGCUCUCAUAGUGGUCGGUUCCACCGGAUUUCUGCUCAUAUCGGGUCUGGCAGAGCCCGUGGUUCGAGCCUACUCGCUGGUGACGGAACUGAUCUCCAGGUUUGAGGGCAGCCAGACCCAACGCCCAGACACGGGGGAGAGAGGCGGAUGGGAGUCCCUGGAUUCGCGGCGGGCCUUCAAGACUCUGGUGGAGAAGUGGGAGGACAGACACAUCCUGGACCUGCUGGUGCUGCCUGGGCCCGUGAAAGAGGUCCUUCUGGAUUUGGUGAAGGAGUCCGGCCUCGGCUCCACAGAGGAGAGUCCUGAAGCAGGUGGUCAUACGAAGACCCGCUGGGAUCCCUCUGGCUCUGCCGACCAAGCAGGAGAGGGGGAGGCUGCUGCGGCGGUGUGGGGGGACUCUGGAGGUCUCGAGGGCUCAAGAGGGAGGGCGGAGGGGGCCGAGAGGACACCCCCGCAGGAGGUGGGGGAGGAGGAGUCUCAGGGAGGUGUGAAGGUGCCAGGGAGGCGAUUAGAGGAUCAGGAGGUGCAGUCUUCACCAACAAGCAAGGAGUUCUGGCUCCUUCUAAAGUUUUUCACCGCCAUGGGGUACACAGAAGACGUGGUCCAACGAGUCCUCGCCAGAACUGGACUCAAGGAGGCGUCGCAGAUCCUGGACCUGGUUCAGCAGGAGCAGGACUGUAGUGACCGGCAGCGGAAAAACCGUGAUUUCACCACCCCAGAAGACUCGGCUCUGAACCCGGAGCAGAACCGCCCCUGUGAGACGGAGCACCGAGAGGAGGAGGAGGAGGCGGGGACAGGUGAUAGUAGACAGGAGAGGAGCCGCAUGGAGGGGGAGGAGGCAGCAGUGGAGGAGGACUUUGUCCUGGGGGUGGUGAAGAAGGCUGCUGCAAGCUGCGGGUACGCCGAGCAGAACGUAGCUAAAGCCUACAGCUCGCUGUCUGAAGGCUCCGCCCACCAGCUCCUGCUGAAGCUGCAGAGGGGGCAGGGCGCCAACGCCAGGGAGGGGCCCAGGGAGACCGAGGAGGACACCCUCCCGGAGAAAGAUGGAGCAGCUCAGGCUGAAGAAGGAGAAACGUCUGGGGACAAAAUGGAGUCUGGCAUUUUUGGUAGUAGCCCCCCCCAAACGUUCACUGACCUGAACCCAAAGCUAAUCCCGCCUGAAGUCAAAGGCCCCCCCAUGUCCACAUAUCCCGCCUCCCUUGAUCCCCAACUUCCCAACUUUCAGCCGUACGUAGACCUCAGCCAGCCCCCCAACUGGUCCACACAAGCCCCCCAACCCCAGAGCAGCGCCCCCAAGUAUUCUCACUCAGGAAAUCCACACCCCAUCCCUUCCUCCACCAGCUCCGUCAGGACGAAGGAGCGCCCGGGCUCCAUGCCCCCUCCCUCUCUGGUGGUGACUGGGGAACAGCGCUUCCUGGAGGGGCUGCAGACCCCCUUUAAACUGAAGCUGACCGACGAGCCUGGGAACCCCUCCCUGAGGACCAUCAUCAUCGACGGGAGUAACGUGGCCAUGAGUCACGGUCUCGGUCACUUCUUCUCCUGUCGGGGGAUCGCUCUGGCCGUACAACACUUCUGGGACCGAGGUCAUCGGAACAUCAGCGUUCUGAUCCCUCAGUUUAGGCAGAAGAACGACUCCAGGACCAAAGAGCGGCAUUUCCUGAUGGAGCUGCAGACGGUCGGCUUGCUCCACUACACGCCGUCCAGGGAGGUCCAAGGAAAGAGGAUCACCGCGUAUGAUGACAGGCUGAUUCUGCAGCUGGCGCAGAAGACAGAUGGGGUGAUUGUAACCAACGACAACCUGAGAGACCUGCUGGACGAGUCGGUGGUGUGGAGGGACAUCAUCAGGAAGAGGCUCCUGCAGUACACCUUCGUGGGCGACCUCUUCAUGGUCCCCGAUGACCCUCUGGGGAGGAGCGGCCCCCACCUGGACCAGUUCCUUCGCCUGCAGCAGAGGGCUCCGGUUCCAGGAAGCCACUCCUUUGCCGGUUUGUCGUCGGCUCUCCCGUCCAAACACCCCCGCUCCCAGACCGAAGUUCUGAACUUCCGUGACCGGACAGCAGGAGGCGCUCUGGGCGCUUCCGAAGACGUUCUGAGAAGACACAGGUCGCAGGCCGUGCCUGGGCGCGCCCAGCGGGAGAACAGGACUGCCGAACAAACGACUGAGCUGAGGAUGAAGCUGAGCCAGGUCUUCCCCGGUCAGGACAGCACGGUGACUCUGCAGCUGCAGCUGCACCCCGCAGAGACGGACAUCAACCUGCUGUCCAGCUUCAUCCUGGAGCAGAUGCAGUAAAACCUCCUCCUGGUUCCAUCAGUCUCCCCUGAUUUGGGAUUCUGUUUUAUUCCAAAGAAACAGCUUUUUUAAAGAUGAAAGUGUGUGAGGAAAUCAUUCUGGAUGGAAGGAAGUGAUUUCCAUUUAGCACAUGUGAAAGUCACCAUGAUUUUUCCAGAUUAUAUUUAUAAGGAAGUUUGAUAACUAGAAAUGUGUGAUUUAAAUGAAUCACUUUACAAACUCUUUACAUCAUCUGCUUUUACUAUUAAAUUAUUAUUAUUAAAAGGUUUUCAAAGAAGACAUUGGGAAUCUUCUGUGAAUUCUGCUCCCCCUUUAUGAGGCAAACCCCCCACUUUUGGACAGCAGUCCACACUUUAAAGGGUAACCAAACAGGGAGGUUGGAGGCUGACUCCACCCACAGCCGAAAUGUGAAAAUCCAGUCAGAGGGG